CCACCUCCGACGUCGCAGCCUGAAGUUACGUCCUCUCUUGGCAGAGGCUCGCGUCAAAGUCAGCGCGUAUGGCAUCAUACGGUUAGAACGGAAACUACGCAGAUAUCCAGUCGAAAUGCUGGCAAAGAGGGCGACAGAGUGCGUAGAGAAAGGCACAUCGCGUAGGAACCCCUGCACGCUCAUCAUCAACGAGCGUCCCCAUUGGCGCGUAGACGCCAGUUACACUGGAUUAGCAUGCAACAUGGCUUCUUCAACGCUCGACGUGCGUGUCGACGACCCGAGCAUCGCGUGGCAUAGCUUGCGAUACCGCUUCCACGUGCUCGGGUCGUCGUUGAUACAUGAGGUCGCGGGCCUCGCAUCGAUGUAACCUGAGUAACCUGAAGAUCAUUGCCACAUCUCAAUUUCGUUCCCUCGUUUGUUCAUUCAUCCCUCCCAAGUCAUGGAUAUCAAGGAAGACUCGAAAAACUCGCUCUCCGUAGAGGAAGGGUUUCAAUCGCCCGAGCCCAAGGUCGACGACCAUGGCUUGCAUCUUGUGCAACGAGGCGGUGAGCUGGGGGAGAGCGAGAUCGACGAUACUUCCAUUCAGGGCUUCGAGUCCGAUCGGAUGAAAGCCCGCACACUGCUCACGGCUGAUGAAGAGAAGAAGCUGCUGCGUCGAAUCGACUGGCGGAUCAUGCCGCUGUGCUCGCUCAUGUUUCUGCUCAAGCAGCUCGACGCUCUCAACAUUUCCAAUGCUAGGAUUAUGAACGAGGGCACGCCGCGGAAUAUCAUGACACAGCUGGGUUUGUCGUCGAAUGCGUACGCUUUGUUGACGGUGUUAUACUACGUCCCAUACAUUGUCUUUGAGGCACCAUCAAACCUUCUCUUGAAGAAGAUGAGGCCAUCCGUUUGGCAAGCUCGAAUCAUCGUCAGCUGGGGCCUCUGCGUCGCGUGCCAAGUCGCCUGUACCAGCAAGGCCGGCAUCUAUACCGCACGGUUCUUCCAAGGACUGUGUGAGGCAGGCAUGUUUCCGGGUGUGAUUCUGCAAAUGUGUUACUGGUAUCGUCCGGACGAGAUGUCGAUCCGUCUCCUGAUAUUCUACAUCAUGGGUAAUCUCGCAGGUGUCUUCAGCGGCCUCUUUGCGUAUGCUUUUGACACGGUCUCCGGUGCGCAAGGACUAUCCGGAUGGCAGUGGCUGUUCCUCUUCGAAGGUCUCAUAACCAUCGUCUUCUCCGGCGUGAUCUACUGGUUGCUCCCCGACUUCCCGCCGACUGCUCGCUGGCUCUCCGAAAAGGAAAAGGCGUUUGUGCAAGCUCGACUGCCACCAAACGCUCCACGAGCAUCAGAAGCCAACUUCAAGUUUCGGGAAGUUCUGAACGACUUGAAAGAUGUGCGGCUUUGGAUGUUUACGGCCAUUUGGGCCCUGCAAACCGUGGCGACUCAGGGCAUUACCUUUUAUCAAUCCACAGUCAUUGCGGAUCUCGGCUUCACGACCAUUGCCCAGGCGCAGCUGCUCAACCUACCCAUCUCCAUUCUCGGGAUCGUGUUGAUCGCCGUCUCGGGAUAUCUGGCAGACUCGGCUCGUCUCCCCCGCCCGGUCUACCCUCUCACCUUUCUCAGCGUCAUCCUCGUCUGCUACGGUGUGUUGUUCGCAUAUCCGAACAUCGGGGGUGUGUACGCCGCAACGUUAAUCGCCAACGCCAUGGCAGCAGCCUGGUUUCCUCUCAUGUGGCCCUGGCGCGUGCAGACCACCAAGCAAGCCACAGGAUCAGCAUUUUCCAUCAGUUUCGUAAAUUCCUAUGGCCAACUAGGUGGCGCGAUUGGCCCGCAAAUCUUCCGCAGCCAGUAUGCGCCCAAGUACCACGUUCCGUUUGGUAUCGUCAUGGGGCUGGUGGCCGCUUGCAUCAUGAUGACUUCGGCCACUUGGUAUGUCACUCGACAUACGGAAGCGGAGACCAGACGGCUGAAACUGGCGAGAAAGAAGGCGGAUAAGGAGGGGAUGGCGGUGCUUGACGACGUUGUGGAUAAUGAUCUGCAGGGAAAGCUGAAAAGGGAGGAUUGAGGAUGGAGAGUGGUGAAGAAUAGACGAGUGUACACAAUUUGCUACCCCUCCUCCGGCUGUCCUGGAGAAAUGGCGGAGAAAUCAUGCCACGAUGACCUUUAUGACAUGGGAAUUAGUCCAGCAGUAAAUAACUAUACGGUAAGUCAAGCAUC